AUGGAGAAUCUCCAUGAGGCGAUAGUAAGGGAAAUUUUAUAUAAAUUACCAGUUGAAUCGAUUUUACGGUGCAUACAGGUAUGCAAGACUAGGCGAAGUCUGGUACGUAAUGCUUACUUUGUCAAUAAUCACUAUCUUCAGCAAUUACGACUACUACAUCAUGAACAACAACUUGAUGUUGAUAAUCAUCAUGCUACCAAAAGCAACGUCAGUCUAGGUCAAAUUUUUUUGAUCGAGAAAGGAAACUUCAGAUUUCAGUAUGUCGAUGAAAACUGGGAUUGUAAGACCAAUAAUAAUAUUGGUCAUGGCCGUUUUCAGCCGUUUGACCGCUUUUACAAGAAACUGCUUACAACUAUUAGUGAUUCAGAUAACAAUAUUUAUGGUUAUUACUUAUAUCCGAUUGGAUCGUGCAACGGUUUGGUUUGUUUUUGUUUCAUGUACGAUUGUCAGCACUUCAUGCAGGUGCCCUUCUCGUUGUUGACAUAUCCUAUGUUUGUCUGUAAUCCUGUUACGGGAGAAUACGUCAAUCUUCCAAGAUGUGGUGCAAAGGAGAAAGAUUUUCCCAUUGGCAUUAUGAGUGGAAUUGGUUAUGAUUAUUCUAACAAUGUGUAUAAGGUAGUGGUUGCAAUACACAACAUGCUGGAAUUACAACUGGAUACGUCUUAUCGCCUACAGGUGUACACUCUUGGCGAUGUUAAUGGUUGGAGGAAUAUAAAAAUUCCAUAUGAUAUAUCAGGAGAGUGUAUCCAUAUAGAGGGAUCAUCGUUUUGGAUUCACGGAGAUAGGUGCAAUAUUGAUUUGACUAAUGAAGUUUUUGAACUGCUCCUGGUACCACCUUUCCACAACCCUAAAGACACCUAUUAUAAGAAGCUGCACAUAUUGAGGAAUCGUCUGUGUGUUGUUCUUAACCAUUGCCAAAACUUGGAAAUUUGGUCGGUAAAGAAGAGGAAAAGGAAGUCGGAGCUUAGCAACAACAGUAGUAUGGUAAAGAAGAGGAGAAGGAAGUUGGAGCUUAACAACAACAGUAGUAGUAUUGAAGAGAGCACAGAUUGUUGGAGUUGGAUCAAGGAGUUAUCUAUACCACUGGAAGGACUAGGGAAAUUUAGAUAUAUGUCCUAG